ACAUGGUGUCUAUUUUACCAGACCUGUUGUUUGACAUUUCAGGACGGGGUCCUCCGCCCAAUACAAACUUUUAUCAUUUUUCUGUCACUAAAUCACAGGUGAUAUGGAGGUGGUGGAAGAUCUCUCCGAGAGCUGUAGACCGACACUCCAAGCCAGGGGAGGAGAGGGAUUCUCACCCUGACUUCUUGGAUGACACUUGGAUGCAGAGUGAAGUCAGCAUGGUGUUUGGUCCUAACAUCUUGCAGUUCACCAAAGCGUUGUGCCAAGGUCGUUACGACUAUCUUGAGCGCCUGUCUGACUCUUUGCUGCUACGGAUCAUAAGUUAUCUGGAGCUUGAGGAUGUGGGUCAGCUUGGACGAACGUCACACAGGUUUAGAAAGCUGUGUGUGUCGGAGGAAUUUUGGGAGCAGGCAGUGCGCCGACGUCUCAACAUCGUUUCAGCUGAGGUGACGUCUUUGGCGCUGGAAGUGGGCUGGCGAAGUGUGUUCUUCACCAACAAGUUACAGCUGCAGAAGCUGCUCAGUCGCAGGAGGCAGCGACAAGAAGACCAUGUGUCUGACUCGGAGGCAGAGGACUCCUCCAUUAGAAGCUCUGAGAAGAGCCACCCUGCAGACUCUGAAGAAGAAUCUCUCUCUGAUCCAAUCCAUCAUCCGGACCCUCAUGCUGGUGCUGCUGUUGACUCCAGCUCCUGCUGUGAUGCUGAUCCUGAUCCAGAGGGAGGCUCUGCUUCCACAGAGGUCCUUACUGAAGACACGCAGAACAGCACACAGAGCAGUGAAGACUCUGACUUAGGCCUUUAA